GUUUGUCUAUCUUUUCUAAGAUCUUCUAAGAUCACGUUGUUUAUCAUAAUAUCGGUUUGCUCGUCAGGUGAAACAAAUUAACCAAUACACUUCCAAUGAGCGACCAAUCAUUUUGCAAAAUGAUCGUUUUAUCGUAAAUCGAAUGCAACUGUAAUGUAACGUGCUCGAUAAGACAUGGUUGGCGAUGUUCAAUAUGGCUGGAAGUGACAUAAAGGAGAGACUCGAGGCUUAUAGACGGCGUAGACAAAGGGAAGAAAUGACAGAAUCUAUUAAAAAUGCGAUAAAAACUGUCUUACCGUGGAAUAGAAUUAAAUCGGCUGAAGAUUCUUCAGUGGCAGCACCAUUGAUACCCGAUGUCAAGGAUAACCAGGAUGUGGAAAGUACCUGUUCAGAUGAUAGUGUAGAGCAAUCACAGUAUACAGUAUUAAAAAUAAUAACGUAUCUACUGUAUUUUCUUUUAUGGGGCACCUUAUAUAUAAUUGCAAUUGAAUAUGAAUUUGGAGCAGUAUAUUUUAUUCUAUCUACGUUAAUAUUUAUUUGCCUAAAUACCCGAUCUAGACCAAAAAAGUCAGGCGAACUGAGCGCUUACUCUGUAUUUAAUCCAAACUGCAAAGCCAUCGAAGGAACACUUGAUGCUUCGCAAUUUGAGAGAGAAAUAAGAUACGGCAUGGGAAGCGUACAUUAAUUUAAAUGACA